GAGAGAUUGCCUUGUUCAACCAUCCCACCUCAACUCGAGAGCCCUGGACCUACCAACCUGUCUGUCUUGUUUUUGCGCAUUAACAUGAUACAUGAUCUACAAACUGUUGGACCAGGCUGAGGUACAGUGAGGGGAAGCAGGAUGUCCAAUAACAUGGCAAAGAUUGCAGAUACCCGCAAGACAGUGGAACAGCUGAAACUGGAGGUCAACAUCGAAAGAAUGAUGGUGUCCAAAGCAGCAGCUGAUCUGAUGGCCUUCUGUGAGGCUCAUACCAAGGAGGACCCUCUGGUGAUACCAGUGUCAUCCUCUGAGAACCCUUUUCGGGAGAAGAAAUUCUUCUGUGCAAUACUCUAAUCCCCACAAAUUCACGUUAUUAAAUACAAUAACCCUAAGUUUUGUGUCAUUAUUAGCAAUAAUUCAUUGACAGUUCUCAGGACAAAUAAUGCUAACACAUUUGAAGAACCCUUGAACAUUUUGGUUUUGGUAGGCCUAAUCAGUGUGAUGAUUUUGUAUUUAAAAAGCUGUAUAUGUA